AUGCUGGCGUCUUUGUCGAGAUUACGAACGAGGAUUAAAGAAUGGGGCAAGCACAAAAGGUUCAAAGAGGUUAAAGUGCAUCCGCGGUCUGACAACGGACAAACUUACAAAGAAGGGCGCAAGGCGGGCGUUGCGCCCAGCCUGCGCCCGCCCAUGGCACCAGCAUUCCGCCUCAGAUCCGUGGUGCGUUGGCUGGUAACGGCGCUGGCGUGGACCGUCCUAUGCAAAGCCAGCCCCCAGGCUCUUACUUCUACUCUCGUGCCAUCCUGCCCUACGCAGUGCAUCUGCCUUUCACAAUCGCAGGUCGUAUGCAAUAGCGCUACGCUCCGCGGUGUACCUUCGGCGUUGAGCUCCAGCGUGAUGCAGUUAUCCCUGUCACGAGCGGAUUUGCGCGUCCUCCGGUCAGAUGCUUUCGCCCAUUUGCGACAGCUGCGACGUCUCUCACUUGACGCUUGCAACCUUACACGCAUUCGCCCCUUUGCCUUCAGGGGUUUACCCCGUCUCAACGAGUUAUAUAUACAACAUACGCCGCUUGCGACAGUCGACGCAUUCGCAUUCGCUGCCCUCCAAAACAUAUCCUCGAUAGUUCUAACGCAUAACAGAAUUGCGCAGAUCGAGGGUUACGCGUUUGCGGGAACAAAUUUUAUAAAUCUUAUUUCUCUACGCAACAACCCAAUCAAGCGAAUCCUAGCACAUGCAUUCUCCGGCCUCAACGACGUCUCACAAAUAGAGCUACCGUCCGGAAUAAGGUCAAUCGAACCGCAAGCGUUCGCGGGAUUAGAAGGUGUCGGGGUGUUAGAACUGGCAUAUAUGGACUUACCGGCACUUUUACAGGACACUUUUCAUGGCUUGACUCGAGUAGGUCGUCUCGCACUUAGAGAAUCGGACUUGGGAGUAAUAAAAGUCGGCGCCUUUGAUGGUUUACGACGAGUCGAGACUCUGGAGAUGUGCAACAAUAAGAUUGAUGGCGUCGAAGAGCUUUCGCUAAUACAUAAUAACAGCGUCCAUACUUUUAAAUUAACUGGUAAUCAUAUGCUAGAGACUCCGGAGGCGGUAGUGCUGGAAGUGGAGAAUGUUGUUAUUCGCGGCAACCACUUGCCCUGCGAGUGUGGACGCGAUCCUUUGGCGAAUCCGCUGGCGCUGACUGAGGAUUUCGCGGAAGAGAAUUUGUGUAUAUCUCCGCUUAAGAUUCGUGGGCGUAGCUUAGCAAGUGCGGCGGGUGCGGCGUGUCGCGGGGAGGGAGGGGGCAGCGCGCGCGCACGUGCCUCGGCGGGCGCGUGCCCCGGACACGCGUUCACGCCGCGCCUGGCACUAUCGUUUGCUGCGUUCGCUUUCCUCGCCAACAGCUAA